CUCUCAUGAGUUUUAACAGUCUCGGGGUCUCCUUUUAUAUGUUCUAUAUGUGUUCUUCUUUCCAUGGUAUAGUCUCUGCAAGUUUUUGAAAGAAAUGGCAUCCGAUCUUCCUUGUAUUGUAUACUUCUUCUUUUUGCUGUUCCCAAGUUCUUCGGUAGCUCAAAGGAAUGGAAAUGUAAUGGUGGGAGACUCCCUCACUGCAGGCGAUGAGGCAACACCGUGGCUUUCUCCAGCUGAGGAUUUCGCUUUUGGGUUUCGUCAGCUAGACAAAAAGGAUCUCUACUUGCUUGCCAUAUGGUACAACAAAAUCCCAGACAAAACCAUAGUUUGGUAUGCAAACGGAGAUAGACCUGCGCCAAAAAAGUCCACGGUGAAGUUAACUGCUGAACUUGGAGUAGUGCUUAACAAUCCUCAAGGUGGAGAAAUCUGGAAAUCUGGUCCUGGUAACGGUGAGGCAGCGUAUGGUUUCAUGAAUGACACAGGCAACUUCCAGGUUGCAAAUGCAAAUGGAGAAAAGUUGUGGCAGAGUUUUGAGUUGCUUACUGAUACCCUGUUGCCUACACAGAUAAUGGAAAAGGGGGGAUUUCUUUCUUCUAGACUAUCAGAGACCAACUUUUCACAAGGCAGGUUCCAGUUCCGUUUGAUUCCGGACGGAAAUGCUGUGCUUAAUACCAUCAAUUUGCCAACUGGGUUUCCAUAUGAAGCCUACUUUUGGACCUACUUUUGGAGCAACACAGUAGAUUCUAACUCAUCAAAUGCUGGAUAUCAAGUUGUCUUCAAUGAGUCCGGAUACUUGUAUGUUUUGAGAGCAAGGAAUAAGAGAGAGGUAUUGACACCAGGAAGAGUAGUCCCAGCUGCUGAAAAUUAUCAUAGAGCAACUUUACAUUUUGAUGGAGUUUUCGUCCUGUACUCUCACCCGAAGAAUUCUUCUGGUAAUGAAAGCUGGUCUGUCGUUCGCACCAUGCCAGUAAAUAUUUGCACUGAUGUUCGUGGAAAGAAAGGUACAGGACCUUGCGGAUUUAAUGGUGUCUGCACAAUCAGUACAGAUCAGAGGGCAAUCUGCAGAUGUCCACAGAGAUUUUCUCUACUAGAUCCUGAUGAUCCAUACGGAGGCUGCAAACCAGAUUUUCCGACACAGGUCUGUGCAGAAGAUGUGCCAAAUGCCCCAGAAGAUUAUGAAUUGGUACAGCUCACCAAUAUUGAUUGGCCAGAAUCAGAUUAUGAGAUGUACACUCCUUAUAAUAUUGAAGACUGUAAAAAGGCUUGCCUACAAGAUUGCUUCUGUAAUGUAAUUGUGUUUAGAGAAGGAACCUGUUGGAAGAAGAAGCUCCCACUCUCAAAUGGGAGGCAAGAUGAGAGUGUAAAUGGAGCGUCAUUUAUGAAAGUGAGGAAAGGUAAUUACACACUACCAGGACCUCCUCCAAUCCCGAAGAAGAACCGUGAUAGUUUAGUCCUAGUAGUCUCAGUGCUCUUGGGUGGUUCAGUGUUUUUCAACUUCGUAUUGGUUGAUGUGGCUAGUUUUGCUUUUUUCUUCAUCUAUCACAACAAGUUCACUAGGACUCCUCAAGUUGAAAGAGCUGUGCAAUCCAAUCUGCGCUGCUUUAGUUACAAAGAGCUUAUGGAAGCAACAAAUGUGUUCAAGGAAGAAGUAGGAAGGGGAGCUUUUGGCAUCGUUUACAAAGGGCUAGUACAAAUAGGUUCUGGAGUUCCUGUUGCUAUUAAGAAGGUGGACAGGUUUGUUAAAGAAAGUGAAAAGGAAUUCAAGACUGAAGUUGAUGCGAUCGCCCAGACACACCACAAGAAUCUAGUUCGGCUGAUUGGAUUUUGUGAUGAAGGACAGCACCGUAUGUUGGUAUACGAGUUCUUGAGCAAUGGUGCCCUAGCAAGCUUCCUCUUUGGAGAUGUAAAACUCAGUUGGAACCAGAGGACCCAAAUAGCAUUUGGAAUUGCAAGAGGACUUCUGUACCUUCAUGACGAGUGCAGUACCCAGAUCAUCCAUUGCGAUAUAAAGCCUCAAAACAUUCUGCUCGAUGAACAUUACGAUGCCAGGAUUGCUGAUUUUGGAUUGGCAAAACUCUUGUCUCUAGAUCAGAGCCAAACAUUUACUGCCAUUAGAGGAACUAAAGGGUACGUGGCACCAGAAUGGUUUAGGAACAUGCUGAUCACAGUGAAGGUCGAUGUGUACAGUUUUGGUGUCUUGUUGUUGGAGAUUAUCUGUUGUCGAAGAAGUGUAGAUACAGAAGUAGGAGAGGAGAGAGCAAUUCUAACAGACUGGGCUUAUGAUUGCUAUAAAGAAGGCAUGAUGCAUGCUUUGGUUGAAAACGAUGAGGAGGCCUUGAAUGAUAUGAAGAAGCUCGAGAGGUUUGUGAUGGUUGCAAUUUGGUGCAUUCAGGAAGACCCCAACCUGAGACCAUCCAUGAAGAUGGUUAUGCUGAUGCUCGAAGGCAUAAUUCAAGUUCCUGUUCCACCAUGUCCAAGCCCAUUUAGUAUAGCUAGUUGA